CUCGGACGAAGCAAGCAACACCGAAGCGGCAUGCGCCAGAACAAGCUGUGGGCGCCGAUUCGUCACGCGAAACCCAGCCGCCUGUAAAGAAAGCCAGGAAGAUGUGGGGUCGACGACGCCCGUAUGCAAAUGCAGCGAAAGCUUUGCCAAAUCCAUACAUCAUUCAACCGUUGGACAUGACCGACACUUCAGAUUGGUGUCAGCUCCAACUCGCGAUCGCAACCACCGACGGAUGCACCAACAGUUCCAGUGCGCAAGGGAAUGACAUACGUGCUGCCGUGGUUUCGUUCGCCGGCACAACGCAGGAAGGUGAAGCGUACACCGACAUCGCCGUCUCCGUAGGCGAUCAGCCCAUGCAGAUCCCGUCGUCAUGGGGCGCUUUUCGUCCAAACGAGUUGCAUGCCAUGGCAUUUCUGAACGAGAAGAAAUGCCUGUCGAUGGAGAUCCGAAGCGCGCAUGUCUGUGUGGGCAUCCACAUUCCAACGUACUCGGCCAUGAGUGGGAGCGACAAGGUGAACCCGUCGACGCCCAUUUGCAAGCACAUGGCGAUCUUCAUGCGGUGGUUCAUCAAGCAUUCGAGGGACGAAUGGAGUUACCCGUACAUGUCUGAACUGGUCGACGCACCAACUGACUCGACGCCGUUCCUAUCCUCAGCGCUCUACCAGGUCGUUCCACCAAUCCCUUCCUCUGCGGCAGGAGAUGCGUUCACACCCAGUCCCAACUUGCUGCCAACCUUACGACGCUACCAGAAAGCGGCCAUUGCGUGGAUGCUCGAGCGUGAACGGCCUCCUCAUGUACCAUCGGGACCGCCUCCUCCGUUCUCCAUAGUCGAAGCCGUGCGUGCCAAGAGUGGCGUCACGUACAAUCCAUUUACCUGCCACUUUUCCACCGCGGCAAUCCAUGGCUCCGCGCCGCCUUGGAGCGGGGUCCGCGGGGGCAUCCUAGCCGACGAGAUGGGGCUCGGCAAGACGGUGCAAGUGCUGGCGUGCAUCUUAUCACAUCCGAGUCCUGCCAUGGACCAUGUCCAUGCAGUCGAACCGAGUCGUCUUCCUCGUCGUGCGGCGGCCAAUUUAGUCGAACGGAGCUGCGUGUGUAACUGCCCCGACGACGACGUCCACGGAUGGAUCGAAUGCACGCGGUGCCGCGUAUGGCAGCAUCGCCUGUGCACGGGCUUCCAGUUGUCCUUGGACCAGCCGUUCUACUGCGAAGGCUGCCUCCGUCACGUGGAUCCGGACUGGGCGAUCCCGUCGACGCUGAUUAUCUCGCCAGAAUCCAUCCACAAGCAGUGGGAACGGGAAAUUCUGCGCCACACGCGGCCCGACUCGUUGAGCAUCAUGACGUACGGAGGCAUCAAAGCGCUGCGUCAGCGCCUCAAAGGCAGACCAAGUGCCCAGUGGAAGUACUGCCGAGCGCCAGAACUCGCCAAGUUUGACGUUGUCUUGACCACGUACGAAGCAUUGCGGGACGAUUUGCAUCACGUGUCGGACGCGUCGUCGAGUUGUUUACGCCGGCGCAAACGGUAUCGCAUCGUGGCGAGUCCGUUGACACAUGUGACGUGGUGGCGUAUUUGCAUGGACGAAGCCCAGUUGGUCGAAAACACCCAGGCCAAGGCGUCGCUGAUGGCGCUGGCAUUGAAGAGCACGCUGCGGUGGUGUGUGAGUGGCACGCCGUUCUCGACCGACCUCUGGGAAGUGUACGGCACCCUCGCGUUUCUGCAGGUGCAGCCGCCAUGCUUUCAAGACAAGGCGUGGUGGCGCGCUGUGAUGGGGCGGUUUGCAUCCUCCAGCCCGCGGCUGGGAGAAGUCGUCCAAGGGCUGAUGUGGCGCAACGAAAAGAAGGACGUGGUCGAGCAGAUCAACUUGCCUCCGCAAACCGUCGAAACGUCGUGGCUGCGCUUGUCCGAGAUUGAAACUCAUUUUUACAACCAGCAAAUGGACGAAUGCACGAAGCACCGCAAACCAACCGACUCGAACGAGAUUACCGUCGCCAUGUUCAACAGUUUGCUGCGACUCCGCCAAGCGUGCUGUCAUCCGCAGGUUGGUAGCCAUGGCCUCAGGGCUCUGGACGAGAACCGACCCAUGAGCAUGGACGACGUGCUCACUGAAAUGAUGCUAAAGGCGCAACGAGAAUGCGAAGAAGCCCAGCGGGUGCUCUUAGCCGCGCUCAAUGGAUUGGCAGCGCUCAAUGUCGUGGAAGGCGCGGUGGAGACCGCCGUGGGGCUGUACUUUGAAGCGCUGAGUCUGAUCCAGCACAACUGGGCCGAGUUCCGCGCCGAUUUACUCCCUCGUCUGCAUCUCGUGCACAACUUUGGUCGCCUCUUGGAGCGUUUCGGUGCGCCACGUCCACCAAUUAUGCUUUCACAAGUGCCGUUUGAAGAUGCGAAGACAAACCAUUGCCUGCCCCUGCUCACUGCUGUGAAGUGUCUAUUCGAACACUUUUCAAAGAAUGAUCGUCCGACCGAUUCGUUCGAGCUGUUGCGGCAAGCUCGACUUGAUUUACACCACAGCGCGACUCAAAUCGAAGCAUUCUACUUGUCACAGUGCAAUUUAACCCACGACACGGCCUUGCACAAAUAUGAGACAGCGUACCGGUCGUUGCAAGCCGAGCACUUUCCACAAGUGGACGCCCCCGAGUCGCCCCAUCUUCCCGACUCGUUUCACGCGGCAUGGAUGGAGUGUUUGCUUGCGGUGGACGACCCCGACGCACUGGUUGAUCGCGUACGAGCCAAGCUCAUGAGUCGGUCCGACCUUGGAAUGAACCUGAGCCAGAGGAUUCGCUCCGUUGUGUCGCUUCGUGUGGUGCUGCUCCACGAGUUGGACCGGUUGUUCGGCCUUCGGGCUGAAAAUCACACGCAACUCAUGGCCUUGAGUCGGCAUGCUCCUACAAAACACGAUGUCUACGCUUCUGGCAAUUGCGCGUUUUGCAGAGAAGGACGAGAUGGCCCGAAAUGCCAGCAUUGCCUCGUACAGCCUGACAUGGACACCCUUGGGGCCAUGCUAGGCAUCACGUCGGACACGACGCCGUCGUCGGCUACGAAUUACAACCUGGGGUCGCUGCUGCUGGACAUUGUCGGUGAAGUCGCAAAGAAUGCGACCCAUGGCAUUCCAGACAUGCACCAGCAGCUUCAGACUGUUCUGGGCGAUGUGCGAAAGGAACGGGUGCUCGGGGUGAAGCUGUGGAAAGCGCAGCACGCUCGUUUGGGGGCGCUGGACGAGCUGGAAAUGGCCAAGACGACCAUGCAGUUGCGUGAGCCGGACGACCCCGUUCGCGACGUGGAGAAAACGUACAAACUGGUGGCAGUUGAAGUGCCCGUGAAGCGGAUGGAGCUCGAGCAAGAACGGGCCGAGUCGAGUGCCAACUUGGCGUCCAAGCUGAGUCCGCUGCGGUACUUGCUGCACUUGCAUCGCACCAAGCAGCAGCAUCUCGUCGUCGACGAGUGCGCCGUGUGCCACGACCGCAUGCCCGCCCAGCGCCGCAUGUGGCCAUGCGCACAUGUGUUUUGCUUGUCGUGCACGGCGCACCUGAUCAAGCAGCCGUCGGCACUUCGAUGUCCAACUUGUCGCACACCGACCACCGAGCGCCACAUCCUGCUCGUCAACGAUAUCCAUCCACAACGUCCUUACGACGCACGCCACCUCGGCGGCACUGGCCUCGGCACCAAAGUCGACAGCAUCGUGAAUCGCGUCCUAUCCCUCGAGGCAGGGGCCAAAUGUCUGUUGUUUUCUCAAUGGCCCGAUAUGCUGAGGCUGUUGCACCAAGCGCUGACGUCGGCUGGCGUGCGCUGCUUGGUCGUGGCGCACAAGAAGGACUUUGACGCGACAUUGCACCAGUUCAAGCACCACCCCGCCGAGUGUGUACUGGCCAUGCCCUUCAAGUACGGCGCCAACGGGGUCAAUAUCGUGGAGGCGACUCAUGUGAUCUUGGUCGAGCCGCUGCUGACCCCGGGGGUCGAAGCUCAGGCGAUCAACCGCGUGCACCGCAUCGGACAAGACAAGCCCACGACUGUCCACAAGUUCGUAGUGCACAACUCGGUGGAAGAGGGCAUCCUCGUGCUGCAGCACCAAAAGCAACGCGACUACUGCGCCAAGAAGCAUGACAAGGAGACCAUGACGUGGACAGACUGGACCAUGCUGCUCCAACUCGACAACGCCGCGUUCUGGAACGAACGCGUGACGUGGCAGUCUCGGACGCUCACCCGACAACACGCCAAAGAGGUGUUCGAACGAACGAUGUCGUUUGAACUGCUGCAGACACGCCAGCGCCUCGUCGAUCAACCGAUGAUCGCCGUGUGCGGCGUCGACGUGGCCGUUCCCGUCGCCCGCCAAUUGCUCCAAGAAUGCACGACCGAUGACCACUCGCCUCAUUUGGUCCUGCUCGAGUGGCUGGCGCAUCGCGUUCAACUUCACGUGACACAUCCAUAGUCAUAUAUUGAUAUACUGUACAUUCAACCAACAUAUAGCGAGCGACCUCAGUGACGAGGGGGUUGGGGAAGGGGGUAGCAUUCCGACAGAUUCUGGUUGGAGGCUUGUUGGACAAAGUAAUUGCUUGGAACUGGAUGCAGGUCGGACACGCCCAAGUGCCUCGCGAGGCGGUGGCAGGCGCUGAGGGCGGCUUCGUGGUCGUGGAUGGUGCGGGAGCCGGCGUUGGACGCGGCGAUGCCGAGCAGCUGCACCAUCACGUCGGAGGGACUCGGCAGUUGGUGGAGCUCGUCCCGCCGCAGGGCAAACACGACUGGAUGCCGCCAAAACACUUGCAACUCAAACACGUCCCCCCGUCCGUCUCCGGUUGGCAUGAGGGCGACGGGGGCGUCUGUGGCGGUGUCGUCCAGCUCGACGCGCGCCACCGUCUUGGCCGCAAACAGGCGCUGCAUGGUCGGGGGCAUAUCGGCGGCCCCCACGAGCGCCCUGAGCUGCGCUAACAGCGGGGCAAACUCGAGCGCCAUCACGUCGGCGAGAAGCGUAUAGUUGUGCGGGUGUAAUGGGAGCGCUUUCUCCGUAUCUGUGACAAUGUACGCGAGCGGCAGCGAGUAAAAGUCCUACAGCAAUCGUCCAAUAAUGCAAACUAAGACAAUAUGGUGGAAAACUACAACCAAGGGCUAGUGGUGCGUGAUUGAUGUCAGUGGAAAUGAGGACAAUCCUGCUUAUGUCACUCCC